UGGGGCGGCACGGAGUUGGGGGGGGGCGUGCGCUCGCGAGGAUUGUCCGGCACGACUCGUUCCACAACACGGCUAACCGUCCGACGAGCAGGAACGAGUUCGCCUGUCCGACGCCCACGACUGCUAAUCGGCUACAGAGGAACUCGGAAACUGAAGCCGCUUCGCCGGGCCGACAGCAUUCGAAAUUUCAUUCCUGUCCCGUAAAGCCAACUGCAGAAAAUGGACAACAAAGGCACCGCGCGUACGGUGAAUGAGGUCGUCAUCGCUUCGUUUGCAAGGACGCCGAUUGGUUCUUUCCGAGGCUGCUUGGCUGCGGUCCCAGCAACAAGACUCGGUUCUAUAGCGAUCAAAGGAGCCGUCGAGAGAGCGGGGAUCAAGUUCGAAGAUGUCCAGGAAGUCAUUAUGGGCAACGUAGUCUCUUCUGGCGCAGGGCAGGCACCGGCAAGGCAGGCAGCCUUGGGAGCAGGUCUCCCUCUGUCCGCGCCAUGCACAACAAUCAACAAAGUCUGUGCUUCGGGCAUGAAAGCGAUCAUGCUAGCAGCUCAGAGCCUCAUGUGUGGAUCUCAGGAUAUUAUGGUUGCUGGUGGCAUGGAGAGCAUGUCGAAUAUUCCGUACUACUUGUCCCGAGGGGAGACUCCCUAUGGAGGGAUUAAUUUACAGGAUGGCAUAGUACACGACGGCAUGACUGACGCCUAUGACAAGAUUCACAUGGGGACUUGCGCUGAGCAAACGGCCAAGAAGUACGAGCUCUCGCGAGAAGACCAAGACGGUUUCGCAAUGGAAAGCUACAAGAGAAGCGCAGCAGCUGCAAAGGAAGGCUUCCUUGCCAAGGAAAUUGUGCCAGUGACAGUACCGGUAAAGCCUGGAAAGCCCGACGUUUUAGUAACCGAAGACGAGGAGUACAAGCGAGCUGACUUUGACAAGUUCUCCAGCCUGCCAACUCCGUUCGUGGAAGAAGGCGGCACCAUCACAGCUGCGAACGCGAGCGGCCUGAACGACGGGGCGGCUGCUUGCGUCCUGAUGACUCGCCAGGCAGCCGAUCGGCUCGGAGUGAAGCCUCUCGCGAGGAUUGUCGGCUUUGGCGAUGCUGCUGUUGAACCAGUGCACUUUUCUAUUGCGACUGCAUACGCAAUGACAAAGGUCUUAAAGGAAGCUGGCUUGAAGGCUCAAGAUGUGUCCAUGUUCGAAAUCAAUGAGCCCUUCAGUUCUGCCGUUCUGUGCAACAUGAAACACCUUCAGCUGGACCACUCUAAAGUGAAUGUGCACGGAGGUUCAGUCAGCCUUGGACAUCCGAUUGGAGCGUCUGGUGCAAGGAUUACAGGACGCUUAGCGCUGCAUCUGAAGCCAGGGCAGUACGGCCUUGCUGCCGCCUGCAACGGCGGUGGCGGCGGUUCUGCUAUACUGAUCCAGAAGCUUUAAGUCUGCUACUAUUUCACUCGGAAACAAGCUAUCUGGCGCCGUGAACUUCAAUAGGCACACCUAUGUCAAGUCGCCAAUUUUUCUUAUGCUGACCAGGUCUAGUGCAUACUGUAUGUGUCGUCGAUGGAGGUUCCAGACGGUAAGAGAAUUAAUAUGCAUGGAUUUGAAUCGAGAUAUUUUUGUUGAAAUAAACAAUUUACAGGCUGC